ACGGGGCCUAAUUUUCUAACCAAAGUAUAGUAGCAAUGGUAUUCAUUGUGCCACCGAGCGGCGAAAAGUUUUCCUUAGACGUAAACCCUAACACCACCACUCUCCAUCAGCUGAAGGUCGCGAUCCAACAAUUCAACGGCAUGCCUGUUUCCAAUCAGCGUCUCUUCUUUUCUCUGAGUCUCGGACAAAACGAUUCUGAUCUCAUCUCUAACCUUGGAAUUGGACCCUUCUCAACCCUAACCCUGCACACCCCCUUUUAUGGCGGUGCCGACGAUGACACAAUCGGGGCAACCUCCAGUACCGUAAAGGAUGAAUUAGUCAAGGAGGUGGAUUCUGAUUCUGAGUCUGAGUCUGAGUCUGAGUCCGAUGCCAAGGCCAGGGCGGACUCUGAAUAUUUGAUUUACCCAGACUCAGAUUCAGAUGUGGAUGAUAAGAUAGAAAAGAGACGCCAAAGUGAACUUUUUGAAAUUCGUAGGAGGAGAAAUUCUGCCAAAUUUGAAGAACAACGCAUGAGUAUCUUCUUUAAGAAUUAUGAGGAGAAGUUCUGUGCUGAGAUGGAGCGUUGGUGGGAAGAAGAAGACAAGAAGUUUUUAGAAGAAGAAAAGGAGGCCGAGGAGGAGCUAUUGAAGGAGAUUGAAGAGGAUCGCAAGCAGGCCGAGGAGGAGGCUAGGAAGAAAGUCAAGAGGGCAAGGAAAGCCGAGGAGGUGGCUAGGAAGAAAGUCAAGAGGGCAAAGAAAGCCGAGGAGGCAGAGGCAAAGGCAAAGGAUUAAUGAAUAUUUCAAGAAUUAGAGAAGGACUAGAUUUGCACUAUUAUGUUUUUCAUGAUAAUAAUAAUAAUUGUAUUAGUAUGUUCUCCUUUGUGUGCCUCUCUCUCUCUCUCUUUGAGAAGAUUGUUAUGUUAUCUCUCUGUUCUGUGGGUUGUUUUUCUGUUUUCCCAAAAUACGGAUUUAUAAUUAUUUUGUAUUCAUUUUUUUCUUCUUCUAGUUUUUACCAUGCUUUGGAUGUUUAA